AUUUUCAUGUGCCUUUCAAUUAAUUAAGCAGAGAAGAAAAUUACCACAAAGUGAUAAGCCUCAUCUUUUGGAAAUUUGUAUAUUUUCCCCGUCAAUUUUUUUAAGUUCGAGUCAAACUUACGUCUCAUCAACCUCAUCCCUUUCCAACCUUCGUCUAGUCGAAAACUUCAAACUAUAAACUGCUUUGAUUGGACUUUUUUUGGUGGGAUGUAUUUGUUAUCUUAACCAGUAACAAAUUCCAAACCAGUUGCUUAUUUGGUAAAGAUUCCCAUAUACAGGCUGCUUGCCUAAAAUCAGGGUUGACACUGGAGCCUGUAAAACACUUUCUGCGAGAACCAGAGUUCUGUUAGUGCAUUUCAGAGGGUGCUAACAGGGAAUACAGAGAGAGGAAGGGGGGAGAUAUGGCUGGUGGAGGGUUUAGCGAUAAAGCGAAUUUGAAGAGAGCUCAUCUCUAUGAAUACAAGAUUACCAAUUAUUUUCUCUUUGCUUGCUUUGUUGCGGCUAUGGGAGGAUCCCUUUUUGGAUAUGAUCUUGGUGUUUCUGGUGGAGUGACUUCCAUGGAUGAUUUCUUGAAGGAAUUCUUCCCAAAGAUAUAUAGAAGGAAACAAGCACAUCUACACGAAACUGACUACUGCAAAUAUGACAACCAGCUCCUCACGCUUUUUACUUCUUCACUAUACUUUGCGGGCCUCAUUUCCACAUUUGGAGCCUCCUAUGUAACCAGGAAUAAAGGACGUAGAGCCAGCAUCCUUGUCGGUGCACUCAGCUUCUUCCUAGGAGGAGUCAUCAAUGCAGCUGCAGUGAAUAUCGCAAUGCUCAUCAUAGGACGCAUUCUUCUUGGUGCAGGCAUUGGAUUUGGCAAUCAAGCAGUUCCCUUGUAUCUGUCAGAGAUGGCUCCUGCAAAGCAUCGAGGAGCUGUGAACCAGCUAUUCCAAUUGACAACCUGCCUGGGGAUUCUAGUAGCAAACGCGAUCAACUACGGAACAGACAAGAUUCAUCCAUGGGGUUGGAGAUUAUCUCUUGGCUUAGCUACAGUUCCAGCGACACUGAUGUUUGUUGGGGGCCUUGUGCUUCCAGAGACGCCUAACAGUCUUGUAGAACAAGGCAGAUUAGAAGAGGCCAAAAGGGUGUUGGUAAAAGUCAGAGGUACCCCCAAUGUUGAUGCUGAAUUUGCUGAUCUCGUUGAGGCCAGCGAUGCAGCACGGGCCAUAAAGCACCCAUUUAGGAAUCUUCUGCAGAGGAAGAAUCGUCCCCAGUUGGUACUAGGGGCUUUGGGCAUCCCAGCUUUCCAGCAGCUUACCGGCAUGAACUCCAUUCUCUUCUAUGCUCCUGUCAUGUUUCAGACCUUGGGUUUUGGCUCAGAGGCAUCCCUCAUGUCCUCUCUCAUAACUAGUGGAGCACUUGUUCUUGCUACAUUCAUUUCAAUGGCUUUAGUGGACAAAUUUGGUAGAAGAGCAUUCUUUUUGGAAGCUGGUAUGGAGAUGGUCGGUUAUAUGGUGGCUGUGGCCAUAACUCUGGCGUUUAGGUUUGGAGAAGGAAAAGAACUCCCUAAAGGCAUUGGUUGGUUCCUUGUGAUUAUCAUCUUCUUGUUCGUCUUAGCUUAUGGAAGGUCUUGGGGUCCUCUAGGGUGGCUGGUUCCUAGCGAACUCUUCCCCUUGGAGACUAGGUCAGCUGGCCAGAGCAUGGUUGUCUGUGUCAACCUCCUCUUCACAGCUUUGAUAGCGCAGUGCUUCUUGGUGUCACUUUGUCAUCUCAAAUAUGGAAUUUUCUUGGUAUUCGCUGGCUUGAUAUUCAUAAUGAGCAGCUUCAUUUAUUUCCUCUUACCUGAGACAAAGCAAGUUCCAAUUGAGGAAGUCUAUCUUCUCUGGAAGGAUCAUUGGUUCUGGAAGAAAUAUGUUGAACAUGAUGAGCGAUAUGGAUUUCAGAAGCCACCAACAGUGUAAAACACCUCCAAAAAAAAUGACCAUUGUUCACAUUCUUUGCUUUCAAGAUGUUAAAGCUGCUUGGAUUCUCUGAUAAAUAAUUUUACUGUAAUUUUUAAGAGGUUCCGUAGUCAGAAGUGACAGAUAUUCAUCUUCUUAAUUAUCUUGAAUUCCUAAUCUCAAUCUCUUUUAAGUUCGUAUUUA